AGCGACGCGGAGCACAUGGCCGAGGCCGUGCUCCACCACCUCCCCCGCCGAUUCCGCGCCUCCACCUCCGCCUCCUCGUCCCCGUCGUCCCACUGUGUCCUCUCGCCCGACUCGCGUGCUCACCUGCGGCGGACGCGCGCGGCAGUUGCCGCCCCGCUUGGGCGGCCUUGCCGGCUCAAGGCACACGCGGCAAUUCGUUCAGAGACUGGCGAGCAACCAAAAUGGUGGGAAAAGAAUGCCGGCGCAAAUAUGAUUGACAUACACUCCACACAGGAGUUCUUGGAUGCACUAAGGGAUGCAGGUGACAAGCUUGUUAUUGUGGAGUUUUAUGGAACUUGGUGUGGUUCUUGCAGGGCACUCUUCCCAAGGCUCUGCAGGACAGCUAAGGAUAAUCCUAACAUUGUGUUCCUAAAAGUAAAUUUCGAUGAAAACAAACCUAUGUGUAAACGACUGAAUGUGAAGGUCCUCCCUUUCUUCCAUUUUUAUCGUGGAUCUGAUGGGCAACUGGAGGCGUUCUCAUGUUCAUUAGCCAAGUUUCAGAAGCUGAAGGAUGCCAUUGCCGUUCACAACACCGAUCGUUGCAGCAUAGGUCCAGCUGUUGGAGUUGGGAAUGUGCUUGAUAGCUCAAGCCCGCAGGAGAAACCUGCAGAAGCUAGUACAAGCUAGCCCCUGGUAGAAACCAUCCAUUCAUAUGUCUGCUCGUUCUUUUUUUUGACCCACUGUAAUCACCUCAGGAGAAUCUCCAGUUUUCCUGAAUGGAGGAGGUCAAUUACACAUGCGAGGUUGUGAGGAUUACUGUUUUUCUUUAAAGGAAGGAAAUGUGUAUUGUAGCAUGUCAACUGUUCCUUGUUGUACAUCAUUUUAGGGGGAGAAUCCAUGAAAAGUAGAACACCACCCUGGGACUGUUUCUAAAAUCAAUCCCAACCAUUUGGUCCAA